AUGGAAUACUACGACAAAGCACUUAUAUCAAAAGAUACUAUAAAAGUCGAGGACAUCCUCUCAAACGGACCAUAUCGUGACAACAUUACGAUAAAGACUGUCGUCUUGUUGAUUGGCGCCUUGGCUCUGGCCUCGGCUUCAGUCGAUUUAUCAAAAGUUAAACGCAUUGAAGAACUGGAUGAGUUCUGGGAACAGUUGGACCCGUCUUUGCAAAAGCUUCGUGGAACGAAUGCGGCUCCGGAUAGCAGAGUAGUUAACGGUAAGGAAGCCAAGCCGGGACAGUUUCCGUACCAAGCGCUGGUAGUCACUUUCUUCGAGAAUGGCAGUGGCGGAUUGUGUGGUGGUUCGCUACUGACGCAAAACUUCGUAAUGACAGCUGCCCACUGUGUUGUCAGUGGAUCACCGCCUAGCCAUGGAACCAUCACUCUUGGAGCUAUCAAUCGACAGGUGGAAGAGGAAACACAACAGAGAAUCGCUCAUGGCACCAUCAACGUUCAUCCAAAUUACACAGCAUCGUCAUUGCGUAACGACAUCGCCACCAUCCAACUGUCAACUCCGGCAGUGUUCAACGAUUUCGUUCAACCGAUUGAUCUUCCGGCAAUUUCGGAUACACGCAGGUUUUCAGGAUUCAUGGGAAUCGUGUCAGGAUUCGGACGCACCACCAAUUAUCCGCCUGCUUCCGACGUGCUCAUGUACUCUAGUAACCCGAUCCUAACCAAUGCCAAUUGUCAAUCGAGCUGGAUCCAAGAGCAGAACAUCUGUCUAUCCGGACAUGGCGGUCGAUCGGUGUGUUUCGGAGAUUCCGGUGGUCCACUAGCCGUUCGGGAAAAUAAUCGAACUAUUCAGGUUGGUAUCACAUCGUUCGUCCACUGGAGUGGCUGUGACACCGGGCAUGCUGCCGGAUUUGCCCGCGUCUCGUACUUCCUGUCUUGGAUAGCCGAAAACUCCGAUGUUGUGCUACGGGACUAG